AUAUGGAAGAUAGUCUGAUCUUGAUAGAAUUGGCCAGUAAGUGAUUGCGCUUUAAAAUGUCUAAAUGGAAGCUCCUACUAUCCACAAUGGCGGCGGUGUGGAAGCGGCUGCAGCGAGUGAACAAGCGAGCGGCCAAGUUCCAGUACACCGCGAGCUACCAUCGAGUAGACCUGCAGAUCAGCGCCAAGUGGCAACCUACGAAGCUGAGUGUAGUAUGGACGCGCCGCUCGCGCCGCGUCGCCACCGAGCCGCAGCACUGGGAGCCCUCGCUCAAGGACCCGCUACAAGGCUCCGUGAUCUACCCGGUGACGACCAAUCAGACGGUGGCGGUGACGCUGUUCAAGGACUCGAGGACCAAUGAGCUCGAGGAUAAGGACUGGACGUUUGUGCUGGAAGAUGUGACAGCCUCCGGCAAGCGCCGCCGCCUCGCCGCCGCCAACAUCAACAUGCGCCAAUACGCGUCGCUCAGCCCGCGCGCCCGCGACGUGACGCUCCCCCUCGCGCCGCUCAGCAACAAGGUCGUGUCGGCCACCGUGUACUUGACCCUGCAUGCUGCGCUGCUGCGGGAGGCACCCGCCAAUGAUGAAGACAUGCAGUCGCUAGCGUCACUCUUGUCUGUGAAUAACAACUCGGAUAUCGCCGUGUUGGACGACUUAGACGAAGACGAUUAUACCAUGUCGGAUAACUCUACUAAACAGAUGUCGGACCUCCGGCAGCAGAUGGAAGAGAUGACUCUGAGCCUCAGCGGCUCGGUCGCGGCCACCCCCGCCAGCGCCGCUAGCCUCGUGUUCGACAAGGAUGAAGACAAAACCCCCGACGCGACCCCUACUCCGACCGCCGAGCGAUGCGAGCUGCAGAUCAGCGAGACAACAGACGACACUCGGAGUAGACCGGACAGCGAGGGCGCGGACAAGACCAGGAGUAGACCAGACUUCCUGUCUAACUUGACGAGUAAAUUGGCUAAGAAUACACCGGGGACGUUAGACUUAAAACCGGAACCAAACUUCACUUCAACACCAACAAAAGUAUCAUCAACCACAGAACUAAGUCCCAAAAUAGAAUUUAAACCUUUCACCUUCAAACCAAAGACUAUUUCCAAAUGCAACCUUAAACCGUUGGAGCUGAGGUCGAAUUUGAAUCGCUUGUCGUUGGAUCGGAAUGAGAAUGGGGAAGACAAGGACAGAACGCCUGUUAAUGAUGUCCCUUUCACACACAAGUUGGAUAGAGAUAAAACACCGGUACAAGACCUCCUCGAGUGGUGCCAGCUGUCCCUGUCCGACUACCCGAUGUGUCGCGUGACGGAUCUGUCCACAUCGUGGCGGUCGGGCCUGGCCUUCUGCGCUCUCAUACACCGCCACCGCCCACACCUACUUGACUUCUCAGGCCUCGACCCCACAGACCACGAGACGAACCUGAAGACAGCCUUCGAGGCCUCCUCCCGGCUCGGCAUCUCGCAGGUGCUGACGGCCGCCGACGUGUUGGGGAAACAAGUGCCGGACAAACUAGCCAUAAUGACGUACCUCUUCCAACUGCGAGCUCACUUCACAGGCACAGAACUACAAGUGGAACAAUUAGGUAGCGAAGACAGCGAAUCCUCCUACAUGGUGGGUCGUCACGAGACGGACGGCUCUCUACCCACCGACCUGUUUAGCAGAGAGAUCGUGACUAGACGCAGCCGCAUCGGAGGUGGGCCACCCAGCAAACAGCCGUCCAUCGAAUCCCGGACCUCCUCGGAGAGAGACAAGCCGGCCUCCCCCGCCGCUGCUCGUGACGUCACGGACAUGCUGCUCGCGCACUCCAAGAACAUACUCGGGAAGGUGCUAUCUCCGUCCAAGGAUACCAGAACAGAGAACAAGAACGCGACGGCAAAGUGGUUCACCGACCCGCUGAAUGUAACCAAGAUCAAUACCGAGCCGGCGCCGGUCCGUCCUGAGAAGCUGAUGACCCGCAAGGAGCUCACCGACCCCUUCGGCUCUGAUGAAGAGGAGGAGAGUAAUGACGUCAUGCAGACUAAAGAUAGUAGUGUAAAAACCCCCGAGCCAUUAAACCCCACAUCUGUGAAAACACCGACAUCCGACAAAGUCUUAUCACCAGUGGAACUCCCCAAGCCUACACCGCAAUUGCUGUCGCGUCACGACGAGCUGAAGGAGAGAGCGAGACAGCUGCUAGAGGCCACUAAAAGAGAGGCGAGAGAAAAGGAGAGGAAUAGGAAGAGUAAAGAAGAUGCGCUUUUGGAACAGAACGGAGUGAGAAAUGGAGAUAGUCCGGGUAAAAAGCCGAUGUCGGAGGAAGAGAGACAGGCGAUGCUGCGCGAGCGAGCGAGACAGCUCAUUGCAGACGCGAGGGCCGGCAUAGUCAGUCCCACCUCCCCCACAUCUCCAUCGCGCGGCGUGCGGAGGCCGAAUGUGGAGAUCAUCAGCCAACAGUCUGUCAUGGAGGAGAUUGCCGCAGCGGGGGGCGUCCCACUGGAGAACAUGUUCCCCGACUCCGUGCAGUCCAGCCCGCGCUCACGGACCGUGUCGCCUGACUCCAGCGAAGAGCGUCAAAGCGAAGACACUAAGAGUGUAAAGAGCGUGGAGUCUUCAGACAGCAAGAAGUCUCCUCUCAGGUCGUUCUCGGCGCUUGUCGAUAGACUCACGCCGGAUAAGGAUAAGUUGGAUGACAACACAAAAGAGUCAGGCUCCUACAUCCAAAGCGAACUAGAGGCCUUAGAACGGGAACAGACAGCCAUCGACGAGCGAGCAGCCACGCUGGAGAAACAGCUGAGGAGGCUGUGCGAGACCGGGGACGACUCUGAGGAGGAGAGUCGUCUGAUGACGCAGUGGUUCAACCUGGUGAACAAGAAGAACGCGCUCAUACGGAGACAGAUGCAGCUCAACAUACUCGAACAAGAGGAAGACCUGACCCGCCGUUGUUCCCUCCUCGCCCGAGAGUUAAGGCUCUCCCUGGCAGUGGAGGAGUGGAGGAAGACACACGGCCAGAAGCGACGGGAGAGGCUGCUGCUGCAGGAGCUGCUCGAAGCGGUCAACGAAAGAGAUAGGCUGGUGCAAGAAAUGGACGAGCAGGAGAAAGCGAUAGCCGAUGAUGACGAAAUAGAGCGAAACCUGUCCCAAGUGGAGUUGCAAAGGAAAAACAACUGUAUCCUACAGUGAUAAGGUGCAAAAUUUACUAACUACACUAUGAAAGCCUGAAAUCUAUUUAUGAAAAGAAAAAGUAUUGAUUUUGACAGAUAAUUUGUAUGUGCAAUAGAUGUAGUAUACGAAUAAGUUACCUUAUACUGGGGAAUGUAAGAAAAUUGAGCUUUAUUGACGACACGUAAGGUUUACUUUUGCAUGUUAGAAUUGUCUGUCAAAUAGUACCUAAUAAAAUUUUAGUACAUAAUGUACGAUGUCCAUUUUAAUUAGGAUUAUUGAAAAAAAACUAAUUAUUUAAUCACAUCGUAAUAAAAUUUGGAUCUGAUUUGGCAUGAAAUGGAAAAAUUACAAUUAUGUUUCAUUUUAAUUCAAAACACAAUAAAAAAAUAUGUUUUAAUAAAUUUCAAUAUU